GAGUCGUUUGACGCUGUGAUCUUUAUCACCCCGAACCACUUUUGACUUCUGCGGCUUUUUUCAAGAGCUCGGCGAUCUUGCCCUCGGAUCCUGAGUCUUUUAGGAAAGCGUGCAAAGCAAAAACGCGACCGAUCCAUGAUAAUUUUUGAAGAAUUUGAAUUUGUUUGAAGAUCAACUUUGGUGGCAUUUUCUUGGCUAUGUUUUUUUUGCUGUGACAGAGAUCUCAAGCAGAGGCAAAGCUUGAUUGUGUGUGUGGGUUUUUUUUCUUUUAAGAUGAAAGAGACUUGAGUGAGUAGGAGUACGUUGAAUUGCAAUGGUGUCUGGCGAUAAUGAUGGAACCUUGAAUGGUUGAAAUGAUGCAUUUCCAUGUAAAAAUAAAACAUACUACAGCUGAACAAGCAGUACAGCCAGCCUGCCGGGUAUCACAAGAAUGAAACUGUUUCACUGUACUAAACUCGUCAUGCGGAUGGAGAUCACGAUGCAGCGCAGAUUUGUUUGUCUUGCUACACAUACAAGGCAAUGCGUUUAUUUAUUUGGCUGUGCUUUCAUCCACUUCUAGUGAAUAGUACGCAUGGCAAAAAAAUUCUUCGUCAUGUAGAGCAAAUUUGCGAUGCAAAGCAUGCAAAAUCUCAUCAGAGCACAUGAAGCAGCGUUUCCGUGCGAUACCAUGUUACCGCCCGGCAUUUCGCUCGACGACAGCAAGCGAGUGCGUGGUGAUUUUAUAGUGGAACCCAUGCUAUACGGCUACAGGCACGAGGGGC